AUGAUCCAAACCCCAGCAUUCACAUUCUGCCCCAAGCCGUCGGUGAGAUCCUCCGCACUGGGCACCGACGGCUCUCUCACAUAUCUGAGUGGAAUUCUGUCGACGAACACAACCUUGGCCGAGGGUUUCAAGAAUGUCUCCGUUUCGUUGCCGGACGUGCUCCUAUUCGCUCCUAUGAAGUUCGCAAACGCCAAUGAGAAAAUCAAAGUGGAACUCAAAUCCGUCAAUGGGGAAACCAUUCAUGACCUCGGUUCUGAAAUCUGGAGCGAGCGAACGUUUGCUUACGAUAGAUGGACCAGCGAUCCAAUUGGUUCAUAUUAUUACAAGUGCUUCACGUUGCUGCCUGUGAAAAGAGUGGUCACCGAAUCGCUGUCCUGCAUUGGCACCACCUUUCUCUUCGACUUCAGACAGAUCCUCAAAACUUUCGGGAGCUCGUCAAAAAUAGAAAUGUACAUCCACGAUCGGAAUGAGAAAUUUACGUUUCUGGGCAUGACCUCCACCAAACGAUUCCUGUUGCGCAACAACACUCUGACAGGCAUCUUCCUCCGUCCGGAGGUCAUCCAUCGACUGAGCCAAAAGGAGGAACCCUGCGUUCCUCACGAGGACUACAGCUAUUCGAGAUGCAUGGAAAUCUGCUUCUGGGAGAAAUUCUACUCGAGUCCAGAGGUCACAUGUGCCAUCCCUUCCAUCUUGCCUAUGGGAGUAAGUGCCACGAAACCAGAAUGCAAAAAUGGAGAGAACGAAUGGGGCCACUUCAUGAAACUGUGGCAGACCCGCCAAGCACCCUCCGCCUAUCAGGAAACUAUUCCUUGCCGCUGUCCCCAGAGGUGCAACGUGAUCGAAUACCAAGUCUCUGCCGAUCCAACUCCGACCUGCGAGAGUAUUCGGGAGAGAGACGGAACUGCCAUGCUCUACUUCAGUUUCCCGUCGAAAAUGGUGCCUCACAUCCUGGAGAAAGAGAUGGUUACUCCUCGUGAUUUGCUGGUCGGCGUUGGAGGAAUCGUGGGAAUGUUUCUCGGUGUAUCCCACCUCGCUAUCUUCGCCAUCGAGCUGAUUUGCUGCAGAAAAUGCUGCAAGUUUUUCCGGCGGAGAAAUGGGGUCAUCGAUGCAGUCAAGCACUGA